UCGGAGUUGUGUGUGUGUGCGUGUGUGUAUGUGUGUGUGAGAGAGCGUCGUGAGAACAGAACUGAGGAGAUGAGAUGGCCGAACGACGCUGGACCGCGAGACUGUUGGCUUUCAUUGGCAUCAUAGCGACUCUGACGAGCUGCGACACUGUUCCCUGGCAGGAGGAGAAGCUAAAACAUGCAGCAACCACACUGAGCUCCAGUGAACUGAGCAGUGUCAUAUCUCAUACCGAUCUGGACCGAAUGUGGCAGAAAGACCUGAAGACUAUGCUUGUUGUGCGGUACCCUGGUUCAACUGGAAGCCAACAAGUUCGGGAGCAUAUUAAAUCAACCCUCGGCUCGAUGAACGCGGGGUGGGAAGUGACAGAGGACGCCUUCUAUUCUCAUACUCCUUACGGCCAACUUCCCUUUACCAACAUAAUUGCUACUCUCAACCCUGCUGCAAAACGUCAGUUGGUGCUGGGCUGCCACUUAGACUCAAAAUACUACCCUCCACAAUGGGACGGCCGUGAGUUCCUCGGAGCAACGGAUUCUGCUGUCCCCUGCUCAAUGAUUUUGGAAUUGGCAAGAGCCCAAGAUGACGAACUAAAGACCCUGAAGGACUCUGGGUCAGAUCUGUCUCUGCAGCUGUUCUUCUUUGAUGGAGAGGAGGCUCUGUAUCAGUGGACCUCUGAAGACUCUCUGUACGGAUCCCGUCACCUAGCCCACAAAAUGGCGACGACACCACAUCCACCAGAAGCCACCAACACCAGCCAGCUCGACAGCAUUGAUCUGUUUGUUCUACUGGACUUGAUUGGAGGUCCUAAUCCUCGCUUUGGUAAUCAGUUCUCUAGUACGACCCGAUGGCUUUCCAAACUUCAAAAAAUUGAGCGUCGGCUGCAUGCGCUCGGUCACCUAGAGAAUCACCCUAAUGAGGUUCAGUACUUCUGGCCUGGCCUACAUGUGGGUCUUAUUCUGGAUGACCACAUACCAUUUCUCAACCAAGGAGUCCGGAUUCUUCAUCUCAUCACGACUCCUUUCCCUGCGGUGUGGCACACUUUCGAUGACAAUGAGGAUAACUUGGAUCGUACCUCCAUCGGCAAUCUCAACAAGAUCCUGCAGGUGUUUGUUCUUGAGUACCUCAACAAGAAAAGUCAGAACCCUAUCGCUGAAAGCACUUAAUCUUUCCAAACUAGACCAUCAGUCCCCGAUGACAUUUCUCUGACAAGC